AAAUUGGGUAUAAAGAUCCCUUCCUGGCAAAGCUUUGGCAGCUAAACUCUUAAGUGGAUAGGAAGAAGACGAUGACGACGUCAAUCAACUUCUUUUCAAUACUCUGCCUCGCCUUCUUCUUCACCUUCCCAACCCUGCUGCUUGCAGCUCCGACCUUGUUAUUUCAGGGGUUUAACUGGGCAUCAAGUGAUAAACCAGGAUGGUACAACUCCCUUCUCAACUCCAUUCCAGACCUUGCUGCUGCUGGUAUUACCCAUGUUUGGCUGCCCCCACCCUCUCAGUCUGCUGCAGCCCAAGGCUACUUGCCAGGACGAUUGUAUGAUCUCAACGCAUCCAAAUACGGGACACAAGCAGAACUGAAGGCUCUGAUUAAAGCUCUCAAUGACAAGGGGAUUAAGAGUGUUGCUGACAUAGUAAUAAACCACAGAACCGCCGAGAAGCAGGACAGCAGAGGCAUAUGGUGCAUCUUCGAGGGAGGAACCCCCGAUGACCGCCUCGACUGGGGGCCCUCCUUCAUCUGCAAAGACGACAUUACAUAUUCCGACGGCACCGGCAACCCCGACACCGGUAAAGACUUUCCCGGCGCCCCGGACAUCGACCAUCUCAAUCCAAGGGCGCAAAGAGAGCUUUCCGAGUGGAUGAACUGGCUCAAGACCGACAUCGGCUUCGUCGGCUGGCGAUUGGAUUUUGUCAAGGGGUACUCUCCGAGCAUCACCAAGAUUUACAUGGAGAACACUUCGCCGGAAUUUGCAGUCGGCGAGCUGUGGAACGACAUGGCUUACGGGCAGGACGGGAAGCUGGAGUACAACCAGGACAAGCACCGGAACGAGCUGGUUCAGUGGGUGGAGAACAGUGGCGGUGCUGUGAAGGCAUUUGACUUCACGACCAAAGGGAUCCUUCAAGCCGCCGUGGAAGGCGAGCUGUGGAGGCUCAAGGACGCCAACGGAAAGCCACCGGGAAUGAUCGGAGUCAUGCCAGGAAACGCCGUGACUUUCAUCGACAAUCACGACACGGAAUCGCAGAAGCUCUGGCCGUUCCCAUCGGACAAAGUAAUGCUGGGAUAUGCCUACAUUCUCACGCAUCCAGGGACUCCAUCAGUGUUCUAUGAUCACCUGCUCCUGUGGGGGCUGAAGCAACCAAUUACAGAUUUUGCUGCAAUCAGGGCAAGGAAUGGGAUCAGUGAUAGAAGCAGUGUGGAGAUUAUGGCGGCUGAGGCUGAUCUUUAUGUGGCCAAGAUAGAUGACAAAAUAAUUGUCAAGAUUGGGCCGAAGAUGGACUUGGGAAACCUUAUUCCUCCCAAUUUUCAUGUUGUUCUCUCCGGACAGGACUAUGCCGUGUGGGAGAAAUGAAAUUAGGACAAAAAGAAGAGCUCCAUACAUACAUACAUAUAUAGAGAUAUAUAUGGCUUCAAUAAAUCAUGGCUUUUAUAUACGGCCCUUAAUUAAUAUAUAUUAUAAUAACAAUUAGGUACGACUACUUAAUCGAAGGGUACUUAAUUGAGGUAUAUUCAAUAAAUCUUAUCCAUCAUGUGGAUGGUGAUGUCA